AUGGUACCUCGUGCGCUUCUUCUUUUGGCCCUUUUGGUCCUCGCUGUCUCGACACAGGCUUUCACUGUGACACCCUCUCCUUUAGCCACCAGAAGCAUUAGUAGUGCUGCUUUUGACACGGCUCUGGAAGGAUGCCGUGUGAAUGCCAAGAAGGAAAAAAUCAAGCGUAACCGUGAGAACAUGCGCAAGUUCAAGGUCGGGGGACGUAAAGGAACCAGCCGAAGAAAGCUGUUGAAGAAGGCCUUGGCUUCCAAGGCUCGUCAAGAAGAAGCCGAGUUCAUUUCCAAAUGUUUCAUCACCUCCUCUGCUCCCAACUCUGAAGAUUAG